GACAUAUGUGUACGACCACGACAAUAAUAGAUGGUAAGAACGGUUCCAUUCCCUCAUCAUCCAUGAAAGUGGGCAAGAAGUCAAUUACAGAAGACCUCAUGACAACGUUCAGCUCACCAGCAGCAUGGCUUCUUGUUGUUGCUCUGAUUGUCACCUGGUCAGCAGUAGCUAUUGUGAUGUUUGACUUGGUGGAUUACAAAACCUUUGCAGGAAGAUCUGUUAACAAGCUCAGCACAGAACCACUGAGAAUCAUUCAUGAGACAUUCGAAGAAUCCUCUGAAUGGAUUUAUGGCUUUUUUUCUUUACUGUCUGACUUCGUAUGGAGUGAUGAUGAUGACAGUGAUGAAGAUGGAAACUCAGAAGAGGAUAAGUAGAGUGUUGAUGAACUUCCUCUGAAGAAAAGAGCAAUUCACAAAGACAAAUCAGACAGACAAGAAAAAAUCGAGAGGAAGGAACCCCUAAAGGUGACGCAUAAAGACAAACAGGAAAGACAAGAAAAACCUGAAAAAAAGGAAAGACAUGCAGCUAUUCACAAAGAGAAACCUGAAAAGCCAGAAAAACAUGAAAAGAAAGCCCCUUCUAAAGUAACUCAAAAAGACAAACCUGAAAGACACGAGAAAGCUGAAAAGAAACCUCCUCCCAAAGAGGAGAAGAAAGUAAAGAGCACUAAAGUGGAAGCAAAAGUUAAAAAGGAAGUGAAGGAUGGAAAAGGAGAAGCAAAGACACCAGAGAAGGUCAAGCAGACAGAGAUUAAAACAGAAGUUGGGCUAAUAAAGGCCAAAACGAAAGUUAAAGAGGAGAAAGCUCUUCAGACUGUAACUAAAUCGGACAAUAAAGGUAAACAAAAUGAGGAGGAAACGGAUGAAGAACUUAAAAAGAUAGGGAAGAAGGAGAGAGAAUGA